CGUAGACAAAUUUACUCCCGGAUUAUGAAUGGUGAAAUUGAUAAAUUAUAUCCAUCUAAGCCAAAAGCCACCUGAUUUAAGUCCGGUCGGAUUACUUUCGUUUCGCCAUUGUUGGAUGUUGUCUGGAUUAUGUUUCCCACCCAUAGAUUUUUGCCUAUGCAAUGAGCUCUGAAGCAAAUCUAGAUUCUUCCAAUUCUAUUAAAUCAGAACCUCAUGCUGCGAAGUCUCAUUCAUCGAAAAUUACCACCAACCAGUUGGAGUAUAUUAAGAAGGAAGUAGUUGGCAGGUUAUUCAAAGAAAAGAUAGUAUGGCCAUUCACAAAACCGGUUGAUCAUCAACGACUAAACCUUCCAGACUAUCCUAAAAUCAUAAAACAUCCUAUGGAUCUAGGGACAAUCAAACAGCGGUUAAAUCUGAAAUUUUAUCACUCCUCUUCAGAAUGUCUCGAUGAUCUCUUUACGAUGUUCAGAAAUUGUUAUAUAUUCAACAAACCGGGAGAUGACGUGGUUGCAAUGGCAAUGAAACUCGAACAGAUUGCAAGAGAACGUCUAAAGUUUAUGCCAACUCCUGAAACGGAAAUUUGUCCUCAAAAAGCUCCUAAGUCUACUCGUCCCCUUACUACUCCCACGCAAGUUCACCCGUCCAUUGAAUCAAUUCAUCCAGUUGCUUCAACUAAUCAUACCGAGGGGCUUAAUGGUUCAGCCGUAUCUGUAGACCAAACUGCGUUACCUUUCAGACCAUCAGUUACAUCAACUUCUAAUAAAAAAGCAAGUAAAAAGAAAAGUGAAUCAGGAAUGGACGAGUUGCCUUCGACCCCUCAGUCAUACGAUGAUCUGUCAAGAGAUCGUCGUCAAAUUAAAAAGCCGAAACGAGAAUAUGAAGAACGUAAUGUUGGAAAGCGUUUACGGCUUUCUGAAGCCUUGAAGGCUUGCAGCAAUAUUCUGAAAGAUAUUUCAUCUCAGAGAUAUCGGGAUCUAAACCAUUUUUUCUUAAAACCAGUGGAUGUAGUAGCCCUUGGACUUCAUGAUUACUAUGAUGUCGUUAAAAAGGCAAUGGAUCUCAGCACCAUAAAGACAAAGCUAGAGAGUGGCCAGUACCACACUAAGUAUGAUUUUGCGGAUGACGUCCGGUUAAUGUUCAACAACUGCUACAAAUAUAAUGGUGAGGAUAGUGAAGUUGCAAGGGUGGGUAAACAACUACAAGCUAUUUUUGAUGAGAACUUCGCGAAAGUCCCAGAUGACGAAUCAGAUACUGCUGCUUCUCCUGACACUCGUCCAGCUGAUCAGAAUAUGUAUCAGCUAAUCCAGAAUGCUAUCAAAGAACAUCAGAAGCUAACAGCUCAAUUUCAACGCUUUAGUGAAGAUUUACAGAAAAGCACGGCGAAUUUGAAUUCUAUUUUAUCUUCCCUGAGUAUGGCUGUCAGGAAAGCACCUGUUGGUCACAACACACCGCAUGUUAAUUCACUUCCUCCGCAAACUGGCGUUUCCACUGUUACGCGUACUGCUAUGAAUGACUUAGAAGAUGUAAACUCUACUAAGAGAAGUAGACAAUCUCAGUCGAAAACAAAGUAUCGACAAUCAGGGCUACCUGCUGCAGCCCCCGCCCUUAAUACACCAAAUGUUCCAGUUAGCAGCACAGUUAACAUGAGCAGCACACAUUCCCAACCUUUGCCUGUACCAGGAUAUACUACAGAUGAAGAAAUGUCUGAAAACAACGUUCGACCGAUGACAUAUGAUGAAAAACGUCAGUUAAGCUUAGAUAUCAAUAAGCUACCUGGAGAAAAAUUGGGUAGAGUCGUUCAAAUAAUUCAACAGCGUGAACCAUCACAUCGUGAUUGUAAUCCGGAUGAAAUAGAGAUAGAUUUCGAAACACUCCAGCACACAACUUUACGUGAGUUAGAGAAAUAUGUGAAAUCUGUUCUACAAAAAGCGAAAUCUGGUAGUCGUAAAUAUGUGAAAAAAGGAUUGACCGGUGUUCCACCGGGAAAAACGCGUGAAGAAUGCAUGAAAGAAAAAACGGAGGAAUUGGAAAAUCGGUUGAGAGAAAUCGGAGGACUUCCACAAGGUGCUCCUGGAUACCAUAAUGCUCAUAAUCCAAAGAAAGCGCAUGGUGCUAAUCGUCUAAGUGCAUCCUCGUCAAGUUCGAGCGAUUCUGAGAGUACUUCGGACUCCAGUGAAUCUGAUUCUUCAGAUUCUAAAUCCUACAGUGAGUCCUGAUGAAUUACUACAUUUGCAACUUAUUCCCCAGUAAAUCAAUACUGCAUUCUUUAUUGUCAUUCAAUAUUCCUUCUUUUUCUAAGCAACUUUUCUACAGUAUGGUUUCAUUUUGUAAUUUCUUUCAAUCCCUAUUUAUUCAACGUAUACCACUCUUUUUUUAAAAUUUCACAUGCAUCUCUUACUACCAGCCACUGUGUGCUAACAUCAAGACAAGAACUUCACUUUGAUGAACUGAUUCCCUAAGGUUUCCAACAAAGCACCAAGAACUCUGUUGUCUGGUUCUGUUGCCUCAGUGGCUUUAUUAUUCUUUGUACAUCAAUUCUUGAUUUCUUCUUAUGAACCACUAUGUCUCCAACACAUGGCGUUGUUUUCACCAGAAAUAUGUACCUAAUUCCUUUUUAAUUGUUUGUGGUCCUGUGUAUAAAAAAGAUCAUUUAAUGCAUUUUUGUACAGUUCUUAGCAUGUAAUUUUCAUUUGAUAAAUUAUCUGCUAUUAAAGUGAAGGUCUUCUUGAUGUUAGCACAUGGGGUGGUAGUUUAAGUUCACUUGAUUAGAUUUUAAGGUCUGCCUUCUCGGUAUUCUUGGUAUAAUUUCAGAGGCAUCUUCGGAUCAUAAACAGGCGUAUGACCAGGUAGUCACAAGUGGACUUCAAAAUUGUUCAAGAUCUGCUACUUCUUUACCGUCAAAUUCAAGCACUGUGACUGCUAAGACACCAGUUAAUCAGCCAUCGGCAAUUUCUACACAUGACACUGUUACAAGUGGUCAUUGUAAUGAUGUUGGUCAUUCGAAGACGUCCGUUGAACAAGUGACUGAACAAAAUGAGUCAUCAGACACAGAGUCUGAACCGAAUUCUCCUCAUCAGUUGCCUCAGCCUGUAUGGUCAAUUUCAGGUUUUUCUAAGAAGCCGUCUUCUGGUGACAGCACACAGAGUAGACCCGGAACUUCAAAUAGUUGUGUUGUUACAUCUGCAUCUGAAGUGCCAUCUUCUACAAUGGAUACUUCAAGGCCUAUGAAUCUAGUACCGGAGCCUAUUGAGACAGAUGAUCUUUCGUUACCGAAUUCACAGUCUGGUAGAAACGAAGAGAAAGAAAAACAAGCAGCCGCUCUUCAGAUAAUGCGCGAAGCUCGUAGGCAGUCACAGUGGAGUUCCCGGGCUGCUGAGGAGAGAGCUACUCGCGAACGUGAGGAGGCUGAGAGACGUCGACUUGAGGCAGAACUCGCUCUAGAAGCUGAAAGAAAAAGGGAGCAAGAGUUGCGACGCAUUGAGGAAGAGAAGCGUCUACUUGUUGAAGCUAGAAAGCGUGAAGAUAUUGCCAAGCGUAAGGCAAUGGUUGGUCCACCAGAACGUAUAAAUGCUCAUGAAUUGUUAACUGAAUUCGAGAAUUCAGUUGACAUAUCCUGUAUUGAUGCAUGCUUUGCAAUGCGUCAUUUUUAAAUCCAACCAAUAUAUAUAUAUAUUUGUUAUGAAAAAUUAUCAACUACAAACAACAAAUAGUUUUAAAAAUUCUUCAUUUUUUUAAUGAAGUUGGAAAUAAUGUGAUGAAAGAAAAAGGAAAGCAGUGCAUACUGAUUAUAAUUGAGUUUCUGUUGCAACUGUACAUAUACAUGUAUACAUACUCGCUGUCUCUGAUAAAACCCUUACAUUUCUGAUAUGAAUUUUGUGUGUGUAAACGUUUUUUCUUUGCCUUCUCGUUGACAACAAUUCAUUCAUUCUUGCAGAUUUUGUACAUUUUUUUCCCGAGGGAAAAAUUACUAGUCAAUAAUUAAAGGAUAUAUAUAUGAGUGAAUAAAUUAAUACAUAGACAUAUAUGUAUUGUUUUGAUACAAAUGUGAUAUACUUGUUUGUAUUUUCACGUGCCGAUAUACAAAAUAUUUAUUCGUCAGUUCAGUUGAGUAAGGAAUAAUAAUGUAUUAUUAUUAUUCUUACUAUAGUCGUCAUCGUCGGUGUUUUUCUUCUUUCUUUCAGCUAAAUUCCAUUGAGUUAGCCAGAUUUAUAUUUUUGUUGUUGUUUGGUCAUCUUUAUUUUUCAAGGUAAAAGAUUACUGUUUAGAGUUUUACGUUAGAUUCUACACAAAAUAAGUCAGAAUGUCAUCAAAAGUCUAAUCUAUCUAGGUCAUUUUAGUCACUUACAAAAACUUUUAAGUCAGUAUCUUUUUGAAUAGUUAAAAUAUAAAACAAUAUAGCAUCACCUUUUCACCGGAAAUCUUUAAGAUUAACUGUUUUCAAUUGUUAGUUAUCGGAUGUUUUAGUUUUAUCCAUCAUAGCCGAUGAAAUAAGUUUAUUUGAAGAAAUAAUUAAGAGGAAAUUAGUUGUGUCUUUUUCAACUCAGCAACCAAUUGAAUUACAUGCAUUUGGAGCAGUGAGCCACUCCCACUGUAGGAGACCUAGUGGUACUGGUUAGCUGCUAAGAUGGUAGAGAGUGGUUCUAACGCCUUGCCAACUAGUUAGACGUCCAGAGCCUAUACCGAUGACCCAAAGGUUUACAACAGGUAGUCAGUAUGUGAAAUGCUGCAAAUCUACUUAGUUAUUCGAAGGAAUUCAUCCAUAGUUGUUUACUCAAUGUGUAUAAAUAUGUGUGUGUUCGUCGAUUAGAUACAUUGUGGUUAAUUUCAGAUUUGAUUUGUUGUGAAGAUUCAAACUCCAUAGUCUUAUGAUUCUAUUAUCAAGGAGAAGCAGAAUUGGAAUAAUCUUUAGCAUAAAUAGCCGAGAACCUAAAGAGUCCUUGGUUAUGCAUGCAAUUUUCGUUAAAGUUAACUCCCUAGCAAAGAGAUAUUGCUAGCAGUAAAUGUGGAAAACGUUGGUAAGGGGUUUUAAUUACUUAGAGUUGUAUUUGAUAAAAUCUGUAGGUGUUAGAACUAUUUGUUGCCUGCAAUAAGCAACUGUUAAUGAUUUUUCAUGAACAGGCUAGGUGUGAAUGAAGUUGGUUAACUAUGAUAUGGUGGAUAUUAUUGACUCAGUCAGAUUGUCAUAUAGACUGUAAGUCUGUCAUAGGCUUUUGGGGGGACUGGUUACUGUUGAUAUAAGUCGUUAUUCCUGAGUAACACUGAUAUGAC